AUGCUGGCACCGAGCUCCUGUCUGUGCCUGGCCGUCCCUCUCUAUCCAUCCCCGGGGGAGCGCGUGUGUCCCGAGCCCAGGGCUGAGCUCGGCAUCGCUGCAAAGUCCAGACGGAAGGAAUCUCCUGGCCCUGCCAUGCCAGUACUGCUGGCACAGGCUGCUGGCUGGUCCCUGCUCCGCAGCCUGGACAGGCCCCCAGGACAGGCUCUGCCAGCUCAGUCUCCCAGAGCAGCGCGGGGACCAAGCCUCAAAGGCGGUGCUGUGACUGUCCCAGAAUCGCUGCUCUUCAUCUCCACACUGGAUGGGAACCUCCACGCUGUCAGCAAGAGCACAGGGGACAUCAAGUGGACCCUGAAGGACGAUCCCAUUCUGCAGGUGCCGGUGUAUGUGGCAGAGCCAGCAUUCCUUCCAGACCCCAAUGAUGGCAGCCUGUACAUCCUGGGAGGAAAGAACAAAGAAGGCUUGAUGAAGCUGCCGUUCACCAUCCCAGAGCUGGUGCAGUCGUCGCCGUGCCGCAGCUCGGACGGGGUGCUCUACACGGGAAAGAAGCAGGACACCUGGUUCAUUGUGGACCCCAAGUCAGGGGAGAAGCAGACCACCCUCUCCACAGAGGCUUGGGAUGGUCUGUGCCCAUCCAGCCCCUUGCUCUACAUCGGACGGACCCAGUACGUCAUCACCAUGUAUGACACCAAGUCACGGGAGCUGCGCUGGAAUGCCACCUUCUCUGAGUACUCUGCCCCGCUCUGUGAGGAGUCCUACCAUUACAAAAUGGCCCACUUGGCCUCAAGCGGGGACGGGCUGGUGGUGACCCUGGACAAGGAGAGCGGGGAGGUCCUGUGGGCACAGAACUAUGGCUCACCUGUGGUCGGCAUCUACCUGUGGCACCAGGACAGCCUGCGCCGCCUCCCCCACCUCAACCUGGCCAUGGAGACCCUGCGCUAUCUGACCUUCCAGUCACAGGACAUCCAUGUCCUCAAGUGGAGCUACCAGUCCGUCAAGGACUUUGCUGCCACCAAGACCCAGCUGCUGCCGGCGCUCUACGUGGGAAAGCACGCGGCCAGUUUCUACGCCGUGACCUCCCUGGUGCACGGCAGCGUGGCACUGGUGCCCCAGGGCAUCACUCUGGCCAGGAUCGACGGCCCCACCACGGACGAUGUGACCAUGAGGGAGUCCGGGGAGUGUGAGAUCACACCCAGCACCAACGUCAAGUACCCACAGGGCAGCAUCACCUCACUUCACAACCAGUGGCUCCUCAUAGGGCACCAUGAGCUGCCUCCUGUGGUCCACACCACGAUGCUGCGAGCCUUCCCAGAGAACCUGAGGAAAACCACAGAAACCAUCAUCCCCAGGGCUCCUCCCAGCAGGACUGUGUUCGACGACUUCCUGGCCCCGAGCAGCCGGGAUGAGCCAGCUGUCCCCAGUGAGAGGCAGCUCCAUCCAGACCCCACGAUGGCAGAGCAGGUGGAGGUGUAUCCUGAAUCUGGCACCUGGGACCUGGUGAUGGCUGGCAUUGGCACAGCUCUGCUGGGCGGGGGAAUCCUGGUGCUGCUGCUCACAAAACUGCAGCAGCAGCAUGCAGCACAGCAGCAGCAGCUGGAGGAGCAGAUACAGCUCCUGCAGCAGCAGCAGGAGAUGCUGCGCCCGGACCGAGUUGCCAGGGAGGGUGUCUCUGAGGAGCCCAGAGAGCUGGAGCUGAGCCAGGGAAGCACAUCAGAGCUCUCACAGAGCUCCAGCCCCUCAGCCUGCCUGAAGGACACGGCUAAUGGGACACUCAGCCCAGAACCAGCUGUCCCAGUGGCUGCUGAAGAUGCAGAACCAGACCUGGUAGUAGUUGGGAAAGUUUCUUUUAACCCCAAAGACGUGCUGGGCCACGGAGCUGGAGGAACCUUUGUCUUCAGGGGGCAGUUCGAGGGCCGGGACGUGGCGGUGAAGCGGCUCCUGCCUCAGUGUGUGCACCUGCUCGAUCGUGAGGUGCAGCUGCUCCGCGAGUCGGACGAGCACCCGCACGUCGUGCGCUACUUCUGCACCGAGAGGGACCGGCAGUUCCACUACAUCGCCAUCGAGCUGUGCUCUGCCACGCUGCAGGAGUACGUGGAGAGCCCCAGCUUUGCCCGCCGCGGGCUGGACCCGGUGUCCGUGCUGCGUCAGACCAUGUCCGGGCUGGCCCACCUGCACUCCCUCAGCAUCGUGCACCGUGACCUGAAGCCCUGUAACAUCCUCAUCUCUGUCCCAAAUCGCCAUGGGCAGAUCCGUGCCGUCAUCUCCGACUUCGGCCUCUGCAAGAAGCUUCAGGGGGGACGCCAGAGCUUCAGCCUCCGCUCCGGGAUCCCCGGCACUGAGGGCUGGAUUGCGCCCGAGGUGCUGCAGGAAGCCCCGAAGGAGAACCCUACCAGUGCUGUGGACAUCUUCUCAGCUGGCUGCAUCUUCUACUACGUGGUGUCAGGGGGACAGCACCCCUUUGGGGACAGCCUACGGCGCCAGGCCAACAUCCUGGCAGGCUUCUACCAGCUGAGCUGCCUGCAGGAGGAGGCUCACGACAAACUCGUUGCAAGGGAGCUGAUUGUGGCAAUGAUCAGCUCCGAGCCCCAGCACCGGCCCUCGGCCCCUGUGGUCCUUAUGCAUCCCUUUUUCUGGAGUCAGGAGAAGCAGCUGCAGUUCUUCCAGGAUGUCAGUGACCGUGUGGAGAAGGAGCCAGCCGAGGGGCCCAUCGUCUCAGCCCUGGAAUCGGGGGGACGGGCCGUGGUGAGGACCAACUGGAGGAUGCACAUCUCCCUCCCGCUGCAGAUGGACCUGAGGAAGUUCCGCACCUACAAGGGGGGCUCAGUGCGUGACCUGCUGCGGGCCAUGAGGAACAAGAAGCACCACUACCACGAGCUGCCCGCUGAUGUCCGGGUGGCCCUGGGCUCUGUCCCCGAGGGCUUCGUGCAGUACUUCACCUCCCGCUUCCCCCGGCUGCUGCUGCACACGCACGGGGCCAUGCGGGUCUGUGCCCACGAGCGCAUCUUCCACUCCUACUACUGCCAGGGCCUGAGGGGCGACGGCGCCUGAGCGGGCACGGGCCUGCCCGGAGGGCACCCCGCUGCCCCGGGCCCUCGGUGUCCUCCUGCCAGGGCAGGCGGGGCACCAGGAGCACAGGUGGGCACCUGGCACCCAGGCCUUCCUGAGAGACCCUCAGGGCAGCCACCUUUGUAAACACUCACGGUCAGAGUCGGGUGCGAAGUGCUUGGGUCAGAAAAAGAGGCCAACUCGGGUGGGCACAGUACUUGGAGAAGAAAGAGGAAAAUGUGUUUUCCCAGGGACAGAGAGAGGCCCUGGCACAGCGAUGCCCUCAAGCUGGCACUGGUCCCAGGGGGACAUUCAGCAGGGACAAGAAGCUUUGUCCUGUGCUCUCUCCUGUGCCAGGGGAUGCAGCUCCUUGAGCUGAGACCAGGCCCAGGCCCCAGUCUUGGCUUUGGAGCUGCCCUUCAGCCCCAGCCAGGGCCAUGCUCAGCCAGGCCAGGCCCAGCAGCCACCCUGGGGCUGGGACCCAGCUGUGGCAGCCAGGCUGUGAGGGCACUGCCCCCUCACUGAAGCUGUGAUCUCAGCUGGGCUCACAGGGGCAUCUCCUGUCGGGUCCUGUGCAUCUGCCAGGCCUGAGCUCCUGAGCAGGUGGCACAGCAGUGCAGGACACUGGGCAGAAAGGAAGGAAUUCCUUUCCCCCCAGGAUCCUUUCCUCAGAGACAGACCUAUGGCUGCAGCUCUCCCAGCCUCUCCUGCUGCCCAGGGCUGGUGUCCCUUGGCUGCUCUGGUUUAUGGCAUCCCCAUGGGCACCUGCGAGCCAGCCUCCAGCACCAGCUGAGCCCAGGAGCACAGAGAGCCCCACAGCAGAGUUCUCUGUGGAACAAUGAUUUUGUACAGUCUGAUUCCUGU